AUGAUCGUGGCUCAGAAAAGGGAUCAGCUUCUGACCAAAGUCUCUACUACUGGCACGACCGGUCACUACGAAACUCGCCCGCCAGCCUCACAAGCAACCACCCGAACCCGUUUCAACAUGCGCAUCUACACCACAGAGCUCCUCGCUGCGGUCGCGUUCAUCGAAAGUCUCUCAAGAUACUCUGCCUCAGGUUCGAAGACGCUGCGGCCGGAUCUUCGUUCCAGUGAUCAUCCCAAGGACCCUGUGAAGAAUGCCAGCGACAACCACAUGUUGCCAAGCAACGACAUAGCAAAUGGCGAAGACAGGACAUGGGCUUUGGAAUUUCCCGAACUCUAUGCGGUAGUUGAACGGGCGCAAGGAGUGAUACACGACCAAAGUGUCCCCAUGCUUGCUGCUGAAGAUUGGGAUCAACUCAGACACGCACAUUAUGCACCAGAACGUCUCGAGUCGAGCGGAACCGUGGCGACACCGGUGUUUGAUCUGCCUUCGCUCGCGGCACCUGUCGUGGCUUCUCAAUCGGAAGCAGACAGUACGAGGGUCAACGAGCAUUCGCCUGGUGUGGCUUCUCGAUUGGAAGCAGACAGUACCAGGAUCAAUGAGGAAGCGAUUGCUAAGGCAACUCAAUCGGAGGCAAAAAGGAAUAGGGCCAUCGAGCAUGCGCUUGCUACAGCUCUUCAACCUAAAGACAAACGUACAAGUAUCAUCGAGCAACUGCAACAGCAAACGGAUAAGAACCUUUUGAGUGCAGACCAGUGGAACUCCCUGAAGGGGGAGAAAACACAGGAUUGGACAGCAGAACAGCUGAUGCACGAGCUGGUAGAGGUGUAUUGUGCCAAUACUGAUGGCUUAACCAAACUCGCGUCUGCUUUGCUAAAAGCUAAGGUGGCUGCUCUGAUCGACGGGGAGAUAUUCACUGCUUUGGAGGCAGCGAUGUUAGAAUCCUGGAAGAACCGCGGCAUCACGUUCGACCGUUCUUCCGACCUUCUGGAGCUCUCCAACCUGACGGCAGAAAAGGACAUGACGGACCAGUUGCGACUGCUUGAACGAUACAAAUUUGUUAUCCAUAGCGGUCGUGGCCAAGUACGUAAUGUAUAUUUGCACAUACUCAAAAAGCUUAAGAGCAAAGGCAACUUUGAUUAUCUACGGGCGAUAGUGCCCAUGGGGGAGGAGUCUACCAUCGCGGACGAAAUGCUGAUGUAUUUCGUAAUCCGUGGCUAUCUCAAAGGCGUGACCUCCGCUACAAUGAUUGAACGCAUGCGCGCUGCGCAAAUAAGUGAAUCCAUGAUUCAGCGUCUGCCAAGUAAAGCACGCGAGGUUGCACAAGUGCAAAAAAAGAACGACCGCAAGGUUCGAUGGACUAAUAUUGCGGAAGGGUUGGACACGGCGCUGAAAGAAGACCCGACUAAAGUUGUUAACAAGGCUCUGGUAGAGUCAAAGUCGUCCAGCAACCCGAGCGCGAACAAUUCAAAGAGGAAGGAAGGCACUUUUUCGACUUACGAGGUUGCACUAGCGUUACCAAAGGAGGACCCGAAACGCCAAAAGACCGCGGGACCUUCCAUUCGACGUUAG